GAUCUGUCACUUUGACAGUCCUAUCAAUCCAAAAUCAAAGUCUUUCUUGCAAAAUUUUCCUAAAUUCAUAAGAAAAAAUAAAAAUAUUCCUUUGCAUGGAUACCUAUUGAGAAGUGUUUGUGAGAAUAUGAGAUUACUAAGCUAUUUAGCUAUAAAGUUAACCAUAUUGGGGUGAUUUUAAGCUCGACCGAGCUGUGAAAUGCUUACAGUUUCAGCAAAGGGGUUUAUUAUUUCUGUUUGGAUUCGCGCUACAAUCACACUGUUUGCUACUGAAAUAGAGUUGUGAUUGCAUAAUAUGCCGAUAUAUUUGAUUCGGUAAUUAUGAAUACACCUCCAAAAAACGUUUUGUUGAAAACUUUGUUGAAAUCAAAUCAGUAUAAAGUCAAGCACAAUUAUUACAAUAAUGUGGCUAGAGCAAGAUACCUAGGUGUUCCGCGAUCAUUGCAUACAACCAACAGAGCUUAUCACUCUGCAAAGAAAGAUGGGAUUGCUGUGCUACCAUCACCUCAAGAAGUUACCACAAUUCUUCGUAAAAAUGAAUUUAACAAGGAGUUUACGUCAGGAUCUGUGAAAUCUUAUGACUCUAACCAGCUGGCGUCAAAUGACCCUAUUGAGGACACAAGAUGUGAGGCCCAGUGCAAAAUGACCCCAGGUUUACUGAUGGGUGUUUUUGAUGGCCACGGAGGGCCCUCAUGUGCACAAGUUAUAUCAAAGAGGAUGCUAAGCUACAUAGCAGCCGCACUACUGCCACCGGACAAGCUCAAGAAGUUAAUAGACGAAGAAGAUCCAGACUCAUUAGCUGAAACUUAUAAUGAUAGGGUUGAAAUUGUUGAAGAUCUGCUGGACAUCUACAAAAAUAGUUUUAGGACAUAUUUGGAGGAGCUGGCGGCAAAUUCCACUGAAGCUCCCGACGUGAAGACUCGCCUAGAGCAGGCAAUCAUGAGGUUAGAUCAGGAUAUAUCUAAAGAAGUUCUGGAGCCAUAUGCAGCUAAAGGCGUAGUGAAUCCUAAGACUUUGUCUGUAGCACUGUCGGGUGCAGUGGUGUGCGUGACUCACAUAGACGGACCACACCUGCACGUGGCCAACGUGGGCGACUGCAACGCGGUCAUCGGGACCAUGACGGAGGACAACCACUGGAUAGCGAAGAAGAUAACCAAGGAACACAACGCGGAAAACAUUGACGAGCUGAAAAGGAUAUGGAGUGAACACCCCGAGAGUGAGAAAAAGACGGUGGUCCGUCGCGACCGCCUGCUUGGGGAGCUGGCCCCGCUGCGCAGCCUCGGGGACUACCGGUACAAGUGGUCAGCGGAUACUCUGAAGGAGGUAGCAGUGCCUAUGAUGGGCCCGCGCGCCAUCCCGGCCAACUACUUCUCCCCGCCGUACCUCUCAGCGCAACCAGACGUCUACUACCACCGUUUAACGCCCAAAGACAAGUUCAUGAUUCUGGCCUCAGACGGCCUGUGGGACAUGCUAACCCCGCUGCAGUCGGUGAAGUUAGUCGGCGAGCACAUGAAGGGCAAGGUGUUCUUCAACCCGCUGAAGUUGCCGCGGAAGGAUAUCGCGCUGGGGGAUAUAAAUGACUUGUUGUCGCACAGGCGGGAGAGCCUGAAGAGUAAGCCGAAGGACCGGAACGCGGCCACGCACUUGCUCCGUCACGCUAUAGGAGGCACGGAGUACGGAGUGGACCACGCGCGAUUGGCCCACCUUCUGAGUCUGGCUCCGGAUGUCAGCCGUAUGUUCCGGGAUGACAUCACCGUUACCGUGCUCUAUUUCGACUCGGAGUUCCUGCGCCAUUGUCCCUCUUAAACACGCUUGUAAAGUCGCAUAAAUUUCACUGUCUGUCUACCGUCUGUAAACCUUUUGUGUAGAUUUAUCGCCGCCAUCUCGAAAAAUUUGCAUCUGUCUGUCUUGGCCAUUCGCUGAGCGGUAAUGUUAUUCUACUAAAUGGCUGAAGAUAUACGUAGCCAAUCAGUUGAAGCAAAUGAAAUAGAUGCCGACAGUCGCUGUACUGCUUAAUUAAAUUCAUGAACUAGAAACUUUUAGCAAAAUUAUAAUUGUCGCUUGAAAUCGUCUGUGUUCAAUGUUACUUGGUAAGGUUUAGUGAGUUAGCAAAUGACUAAUGGGACACCCUGUAUAUGUAUGUAUUUUUUAAUUGAUUGAAAUGUUUAUAAUAUUCAUAGUUCAGUAAGACCUGGUGCGCUUUAUUUGUUAUGCGAAUUUCAAUUUAUUUAUUUUGUUAACGAAAUAUAAAUGUGUAAGAUUUAAAAGAUAUUUAUCCCUGGAUGUUAAAUAUCGUAUAUUGAAUAAUGAAAAUCUCAGUAAUAAAUGUUAUAUAUUAUUAUUA